AAAAAACAUAUCAGAAUGGAUUGAAUCUAAAUAGCAAUAGAAGUAAGCUAAAUAUACAUGUAGUACUACAACAAAUACCUGAAGAUGUAAAUUAAAGAAGACCAGUUUAGAUUUUAUCAAUGUUGAAAACAUAUCGAGGGUUUGGAAAUUGGAUCUCAAUGGUCAUAUUUGGGGGAAUGGAGGCCAUGACAGAUCUGGGGAUUGGUGGCAAGGGUUUAUUUGUAUUUUUUUUUUCUUUUUUCUAUAAAUAGCGUAAGUUUUCCAACCAAAAUAAAAAAAUAAAAAAAAUAAAAAGAUUUUACUUUUUACUUUUAAUGGUAGACUCAUUAGGUCAAAAUAUGAGUAAUCAUUAGGUUUGAAUAUACACAUCCUUCCUUGAUUGGGUUUAAGCGCGCAUCUAUAAAUGUUUAUCCAUCAAAGCAAGGCUGAGACUCAAAGCAAAACUCUUCACCAAUAACCAAUACACUCUCAACCCUAGUAGUCGAGGUUUUAGCCAUGGCAGCAGAGACAGCAAGGAGACAGAGCGGCAUGUUACGGCAGGAGAAGCUGGAGUUGGUGACGUCAGAUGAUAUACAGCCAAUCACGAGCUUUGAUGAGAUGGGGCUCAAAGACGACGUGCUCCGAGGCAUCUACCAAUACGGCUACGAGAAGCCCUCCGCCAUCCAGCAACGGGCGGUGAGGCGCAUCAUCGACGGCCACGAUGUGAUAGCGCAGGCACAGUCGGGUACUGGCAAGACCUCCAUGAUUGCCCUCAGCGUUUGCCACAUGGUGGACACCUCCUGCAGAGAGGUUCAGGCGUUGAUAUUGUGCCCUACGAGGGAAUUGGCGGUACAGACUGAGAAGGUGAUCUUAGCAGUUGGGAACUUCAUAAACAUACAAUUGCAUGCUUGCGUUGGAGGCAAAAGUGUGGGUGAGGAUAUCCGAAAGCUUGAGCAUGGAGUUCAUGUGGUUUGUGGAACUCCAGGUAGAGUCUUUGACAUGAUCAAGAGGAGAACUCUAAGCACUCGAGCCAUUAAAUUAUUAGUUCUCGACGAGUCUGAUGAGAUGUUAAGCAGAGUAUUCAAGGAUCAGAUUUACGACGUCUACCGAUAUCUUCCACCUGACCUCCAGGUUUGCUUAAUUUCUGCUACACUUCCUCAUGAAAUCUUGGAGAUGACCAACAAGUUUAUGACUGAACCUGUAAGGAUCCUUGUCAAACGUGAUGAGUUGACUUUGGAGGGAAUCAAGCAAUUUUUCGUCUCCGUUGAAAGAGAAGAGUGGAAGUUUGAUACGCUAUGUGAUCUCUAUGAUACUCUUACAAUUACACAAGCUGUUAUUUUCUGCAACACAAAGCGAAAGGUGGACUGGCUCACAGAGAAACUGCGGAGUAAUAACUUUACGGUGUCUUCAAUGCAUGGAGACAUGCCUCAGAAGGAGAGAGAUGCUAUCACCCAAGAGUUUCGCAGUGGCAAUUCUCGCGUCCUCAUCACGACAGAUGUUUGGGCACGAGGUCUUGAUGUUCAGCAGGUUUCCUUGGUUAUCAAUUUUGAUCUUCCAAACAAUCGAGAGCUGUAUAUUCAUCGGAUUGGUCGUUCUGGUCGUUUUGGGCGCAAGGGUGUGGCAAUAAACUUCGUCAAAAGCGACGAUAUAAAGAUCUUAAGAGACAUUGAGCAGUACUACAGCACCCAGAUUGACGAAAUGCCUAUGAACGUUGCAGAUUUGAUAUGAGACCUAUGUUGCUAAUUUGAACGGUUGCCCUAUCGGCUUCUUAGUUUGCAAUGAAUUGGAUUGUAUACUAGCAGAAGCUAUAACUUUUAAAAGUUAAAAGUUUUGUUUAGGCGACUGAGAUUUUAUAAACACCUUAAUGUAUUUGGUAUGGGUCGAA